AUGACCUCCGCUUUCGUCCCCAACGAUUGGCCUGGCGGUAACGGCGGGUCAAAAAAAGAGGUCCCGCAAACCGACAAUAAACAAGUAAUCAACAGGAUCGAGGUCUGGGAUGGCGUGACAUCAGAAGGGUGGCACGUGGUCUUUGCCUUGUCGAUUACCUGGGAUAACGGAUUGCACGAAAACUUCGGCACCAAGACCACUUCAUCUCGGGUCCUACAGAUGGGAGCGGAAGAGAGAAUCUCACAGAUGGUGGUAUAUGCAGGUCAGCGCGUCGAUCGAGUCUAUAUUACCACGUCCCAGGGCCAAUCGUUACAGGUCGGGGGAGCAGGUGGCGGUCAGCAUGAUAUGGAGGUCGGAAGUGGCUACCUCCACGGCUUUCUUUUGACAUCUGGGUACGUCAUCGAUAGCUUGCGACCCCAUUUCUACAAGUUCCGCUCGAUGCAGCCAUCUGUGGUCGUCACCAACAAACAGGUGGGCGGCGGCGGCGGCGGCUAUUUCUGGGCAUGCAAAGCAGACUUCAACUAUAAAAGAGUCAAGCGAUUGGACGUCUGGUAUAGUAGUGUAUUGCAGGCCAUCCAACUAACCUGGGAGGACGACAGCAUGGGCAAAUGGUAUGGUACACCAGGCAGAAGCGGCAGUAGGCAUGAGAACUUUGUGAUGGACGUUGAUAAGGGUGAAUCUAUCAAAGAAAUGACCGUCCGGGGCGGGCAGCGGGUGGAUGCCAUCUGGAUCAGAACGAGCCAGAACCGCGAAUUGUCUGCUGGGGGGCGGGGUGGUACUGAGGUUAUUCAAAGACUGGGCAAUGGCUAUCUGACAGGUUUCGAGGGACGAGCAGGUUGGGAGGUGGAUUCCCUCGGACCCAUUUUUCUUUCAGGAACUUGA